AUGGAUGAAGCACGUCGACAGUCAAGGACUCCCCGGCGGAGGACCAGUAUCCAAGAGGAUGCUGCCAUGCUGGCGGGGAUGGGGGUGAAGCAGGAACUGCAACGCAACUUCUCCUUCCUGUCCAUGCUGGGAUUGGCCUUUGCCAUUCUCAACUCCUGGACCGCCUUGGGUGCGAGUAUGUCGUUGGCCUUGCCCAGUGGAGGCCCCGACUCGGUCAUCUGGGGUCUUGUUGUCGCUGGCAUUUGCAAUCUGUGCCUGGCGGCUUCUCUGGCAGAGUUUCUGUCGGCCUACCCGACAGCGGGAGGUCAGUACCACUGGGUCGCUGUCAUCAGCUGGAAGCGUUGGGUGCCACUUCUCUCAUGGAUCACCGGUUGGAUCAACACGGCAGGCUGGGUCGCUUUGACUGCGACUGCCGGGUUGUUGGGAAGCCAGCUCAUCAUCGGUAUCAUUUCACUCACAACACCGUCUUACGAGCCGCACCGUUGGCACCAAUUCUUGAUCUACAUUGGAUACAAUGUUUUCGCAUUCAUGGUCAAUGCGUUCAUCACUCGACUGCUCCCCCUCGUCAACAAGGCUGCCUUGAUCUGGUCAAUCACGGGCUGGGUUGUGAUCUCCAUCACCGUCCUUGCUUGCUCCUCUCCAGAUUACCAAAGCGGAGAUUUCGUGUACCGCACAUUUAUCAAUGAGACGGGCUGGCCGAACGGGCUUGCUUGGCUGUUGGGCCUCUUGCAAGGUGGUCUAGGCUUGACGGGAUUUGACGCCGUCGCUCAUUGCAUAGAAGAGGUCGGAGAUCCUACUGUUCUGGGCCCCAGGAUCAUGAUCGGCUGUGUCUUGAUUGGUGUCGUGACCGGCUUCAUCUAUCUGAGCGUUCUUUUGUUUGUCUCCAACAACGUGCAAGACGUUAUUAGUUCCUCUGCAGGGCCAAUGUUGCAGAUUUUCUUUGAUGCGACUUCGAACAAGGCCGGCUCCGUGUGCCUCUUGAUGUUUCCCCUCGUUUGCUUGCUGUUUGCCGCCGUGAGCAUCAUGACCACUAGCAGCCGGAUGGUGUACGCUUUUGCGAGAGAUGGGGGAUUGCCAGCCUCGCGUCUCUUUGCUAGAGUGCAUGGGAGACUUCAAGUCCCCCUAAAUGCGCUUUGGUUGACCCUCAUUCUGGUCAUUAUCUUCGGUUGCAUAUUUCUUGGGUCCAGCAGCGCUUUCAAUGCCAUUGUGUCUGCGUCAGUCGUGGCGUUGGGAGUGACUUAUGCUAUCCCCCCUGCAAUCAACAUCCUCCGGGGUCGGAAAAUGUUGCCAGCGUCUCGUCCGUUUAUUCUGCCUAGCUGGCUCGGUUGGACAUGUAAUCUGGUUGGAAUUGCCUACGUGAUACUCACAACCGUCCUUUUCAUGUUCCCGCCGGUUCUGCCCGUGACCGGUAGUAAUAUGAAUUACUGCGUUGCAGCAUUUGCGAUUGUCUUAAUUGUUUCCACGAUUCAGUGGUUCAUUGACGGCCGAAAGAAUUAUACUGGUCCCCAGAUUGACCUCGACGCUUUGAAAGCUGGGGAGAUCGUGGGUAUGGCUCCAGAGGAGAAUAACCAAGCUACAGAGAGCGACGAUACGCUGUACGGUGGUCAAGAGAAGAAGGUAGUGUCGUAA